AUGGAGGACUAUGGAUUUGAAUACUCGGACGAGGAGCCCGAGGAACAGGAUGUUGACAUUGAGAAUCAAUAUUACAACUCUAAAGGCUUGGUUGAAACUGACCCUGAAGGAGCUCUUGCUGGUUUUUCUGAAGUAGUUCGCAUGGAACCUGAAAAGGCUGAGUGGGGAUUCAAAGCUUUAAAGCAAACUGUCAAGCUCUAUUAUAAGUUAGGGAAGUAUAAGGAAAUGAUGGAUUCUUAUAGGGAGAUGCUAACAUAUAUCAAAUCCGCAGUCACGCGAAAUUACAGUGAAAAAUGCAUAAACAAUAUUAUGGAUUUUGUUUCUGGAUCAGCUAGUCAGAAUUUUGGUCUGUUGCAAGAGUUCUAUCAGACCACCUUGAAGGCCCUUGAAGAGGCAAAGAAUGAGAGGCUCUGGUUCAAGACAAAUCUAAAGCUUUGCAAGAUUUGGUUUGAUAUGGGUGAAUAUGGCCGGAUGAGUAAGAUUUUGAAGGAACUCCACAAAUCUUGCCAAAAAGAAGAUGGUUCAGAUGACCAGAAGAAAGGAACACAACUGUUGGAGGUGUAUGCUAUUGAGAUUCAAAUGUACACUGAAACUAAGAAUAACAAAAAGUUAAAGCUAUUAUACCAAAGAGCUCUGUCAAUCAAGUCAGCAAUACCCCAUCCAAGAAUCAUGGGGAUAAUUCGUGAGUGCGGUGGGAAAAUGCAUAUGGCAGAACGCCAGUGGGCAGAGGCAGCUACAGAUUUCUUUGAAGCUUUUAAGAAUUAUGAUGAAGCUGGGAACCAGCGGCGUAUCCAGUGCCUAAAGUAUUUGGUUCUGGCUAAUAUGCUGAUGGAAUCUGAAGUUAACCCAUUUGAUGGCCAGGAGGCAAAGCCAUAUAAAAAUGACCCUGAGGUAUUGGCAAUGACAAACCUAAUAGCAGCAUAUCAACGCAAUGAGAUAUUGGAGUUUGAGAAAAUUCUGAAGAGCAAUAGAAGGACAAUAAUGGAUGAUCCAUUUAUUCGAAAUUACAUUGAAGAUCUUUUGAAGAAUGUCAGAACCCAAGUGUUGCUGAAGCUCAUCAAGCCUUACACAAGAAUAAGGAUUCCCUUUAUCUCAAAGGAACUAAACGUGCCAGAGAAAGACGUUGAGGAGUUGUUGGUUUCACUUAUCUUGGAUAACCGUAUCCAUGGGCAUAUUGAUCAAGUGAACCGCCUGUUGGAGCGUGGUGACAGGUCAAAGGGAAUGAAAAAGUACACUGCCAUAGAGAAGUGGAAUACACAGCUUAGGUCUCUUUAUCAAACUGUCAGCAAUCGAGUAUGCUGA